AUGGAUUCCGAGACAAUUGAAGUGGCAGCUUUAGGAAGACCUCUAUAUCCUGGAAUGCUUUACGACUGCCGCAAGCAUUCCUUUAUUCCAGGUGUUACACUGUGGGAUAAAAAGUCAUUAAUGGAUGAUUUGGACAUCCGCUCACAGCCCCAAACUGAUUUGAAGUUUAGUAGCUCUGACUCUAUCUCUGAUAAGUGCAGUCUUCUGGAUGUAAGUGCCUCUCUGCAGGCCAGCUUCAUGAGUGGGCUGGUGAAGGUUGAAGGAUCUGCCAAGUAUCUGCGUGACACCAAAUCCUCAAACCAACAGUCCAGAGUAACAAUGCAUUACAGAGAAACCACAAAAUUUGAACAGCUCACUAUGACCCAGCUGAGCCAUUUCACCUACCAUCAGUUAUUUGAGCAGAAAACCGCGACUCAUGUGGUCACAGCUGUGCUGUAUGGAGCUAAUGCCUUCUUGGUGUUUGAUCGGACAUUUUCAGACGAUGAAACCAAACAGGAUAUUGAGGGAGAACUGGAUGUCAUGGUCAAGAGCUUCCCUGGAUUUUCUAUUGGAGGAAAAGGAGACGUUAAAAUGACAGAUGAAGAGAAGAAAAAGGCUGAAAAAAUUAGCUGCACAUUUCAUGGUGACUUUCAUCUUGAGCAGAACCCCACCACAUACAUAGAGGCCCUGCAGGUGUACCAGCAGCUGCCCACCUUGCUGAACAAAAAUAACGGGAUUGGGGUUCCAUUAAAAAUCUGGCUCUAUCCUCUAUCUCUGUUAGAUAAACAAGCAGCUCGGCUGGUGAGAGAAAUCAGCACAAGUCUGGUUUCUAACACUAAAGCUGUAAUGGAGAGUCUGGAAGAAGCAAAGAGGAGAUCCAACGACCUGAUCAGAAAAGCACAGAUAAAUGUUUUCAGUAACAUUGAUGAAAGGGUUCGCACAUUUCAGAGCUCAUUAAGCAUUUACACGCUUGCGUUACAGAAGGAACUGUGCAAUGUGCUACCUGAUAUUCAAGGAGGAGGAAAGCCGGAGGAGUCACUGGAAGAUAUCCUGAAGAUUUACAACGAAUCCCCUUUUAAUGCAAGCAGUCUUAACCAGUGGUUAGAUAACCCAAAGUCUGAACUUGACCUCUUGAGUUCCUACACCAAAUCUCUGAAGGGGAUCAGAACUGAAGACUCAGAAGGAUUGAAAACCAUCCUCCUUAAUCCUGAUAUUGAGGUAGUGGUGUGUUUGAACUUUACAUCUCUGAAGUAUGAAGACCCAUAUCUUUCAAACCUGAAUGUCUUCCUCAAAUCUAAGCAGUUUAAUGAGCUUGAUGGAAAAAUAAACUUACCUUUGCAAACUAAACCAUCUGACACAAAGUGGUUUGAAGAUUCAGAUACCAUCGUAAAGAUGAGAGAGAACUUAUCUCACUUCAGAAGCUUCUCAGAAGCCAAUAAAGAUGAUAAGAGAAUGUGCUUCAUUAUUUCUGCCAUCUUUGAUUCCUCCAAUCCAGGCUCCUCCAUCUAUCUGUAUGAAAAAGGCAAACUGACAGACAAACAGUUUCAGCCUUUAGUGUGCAAACCGCCCGCACCCAAAGUAAUCAUCCAGGGAAACACAGUUUCCAUUAAUAUGUCAAAGUCCCCAGCUGGAAAAAUAGAACAAUACAGAGUGGAGUACAAGGAGGAAAAACCAGAAAAGAAGGAAGAGUGGGUUGUCAAAAACACAACUGAUGAAAACUUUACUCUGACUGGAUUGGAGUAUGGAAAAGAGUACCUGGUCCGCUACAGGAUAGUGGGUAAAGUGGGAGUGAGUGAAGCCAGUGAUACUGCCUGUCUUUCUUUAGCUGAUUCAGCUCUACCUGUGAUUGUGGGUGGGUCAGGAGGUGAUCCAUUCUCCUUUAUCAGUAAUAAUGAAAAUACAGUUAAGAGGAUCACCAUUUCUUAUGCCACGGAUACCUUCAACACAAUGAAGGUGACAUUUAUAAAUGGACAGAUGGCCCUUGGUACACCGAAAGCCAAUAUAGAAGAAGCAAUUAUCUUUGAAGAAGAUGAUGAAAUCACCAAAGCAACAGUGUGGCCAAAUGCUGAGAAAAACAAAGUUGCUGGUUUGGAAUUUGAAGUAAAAAAAAGUGAUGGUAAACCUGCAACAUACUCUAUUAAGUGUGAGCAGCUGGGAGAGCCUGUUAAUAUUGAUGUAAAAUCAGGAAGAUUUUAUGGCAUUACAGGUAGAAGUGCCGAGCAAAUUGAUGCUCUUGGUCUCUACUUUAUUUAAAUGUGUCCAACUAUGGUGACAGCAUCCAGAUUACAAAAAUAUUUUCUUCUUCAAAAAGUGUAUUUAGCAAAUUUAAAAAGUAUGUAAGACUACAAUGUUGUCACAAGUUCGCAUUAACAUGUAAUCAAUAGAGUAAUGAGAUUUGGGGUGCUGUCCAAGGGGAGGUAAUGUUAGCCCGAACCCAGAGUACCUUCCCCUCUUGAUGCUAAAAUAGAUGUAGAUAGUAAGGAUGGGGUGGAGGAGGGAUGCUACAAAAAACUAUCAUGGGACAGAGGUGAGGGACGGCUAUCUAAAAAUCAGUUUUAGUUGGACUACUGAUUUUUUUUAUUAUUUUAGUUAAAUGGUACAAUAGUCAAUUGUUGUCUAUUUUUGUCAAAAUGUAUCAUUCAAUUAUUAAGCAGUAAUCGUUUUGAGGAUAUUAAUCCAAUGCUGAUGUAUUUAGAUUUUAUUCAAUUUAUGAUCUUGUGAAAGUACAUAAUAUGAAAUAAAGAGC